AUGAAGGCUUCUUUCGGAUCCAUCGUCCUCGCGGCCUGGGCCGGCUCUGCCCUUGCCGAGAAGAUCGACACGUCUGCCUUUGACGAGACCUUCCUCACUGCCUUCAAUGCCCCGAAUGCCAUUGGCAUGCAGGAGCUGCGUUCCCGCAAGGACGCGCAGCAUGUGCAGGAUCUCGCGUCUGGUGCCUUUGACGAGGACCGCUACUCUACUCUGGCCACCGGUGCGGCCUGCGUCGACGGCAAGGCCGGCGAGUACCUCUGCAACAAUGUCGACCUCAAGGGCUUCCUCCGGCACCAGGACCUGGGCAGCCGCACGCGCGUGGGCAAUGACGUCUGGGGUUGGACCGACCCCAACAGUGGCCGCGAGUUUGCUCUCGUUGGCCAAAGCGACGGUACCGCCUUCGCAGAAGUCAACAAGGAUGGCAGCCUUCGCUACGUCGGCCGCCUGCCCACCCACACCGUCGCCUCGAGCUGGCGCGACAUCAAGGUCAUCAAGAACUUUGCCUACAUUGGGUCCGAGGCCCCCGACCACGGCCUGCAGAUCUUUGACCUCACCAAGCUCCUGAGCGCCGACCCCAGCAACCCGCCCACCUACAGCAUCACUGGGGACGUCGCGGCCCGCUUCUCUGGCUUUGGCAGCAGCCACAACAUCGUAGCCAACGCGGAAACCGACCUGAUUGCCGCCGUCGGCACUCAGAUGUCCCUCAAGUGCCGUGGCGGUUUGUGGAUGGUCGAUGUCUCCAACCCCCGCAGACCACAGGACGCCGGCUGCGUGUCUUCGGACGGCUACGUGCACGACGCGCAGUGCGUCAUCUACCGCGGCCCGCAGACCGCGUACCAGGGCAGAGAGAUUUGCUUUAACUUCAACGAGGACGCCCUCACCAUCGUCGACAUCUCGCGCCGCCCCACGCCUCGCCAGCUGUCGCGCACGACCUACAACGGUGCCACCUACACCCACCAGGGCUGGCUCACCGAGGACCACAGGUACCUGCUGCUCGACGACGAGCUGGACGAGCAGAACCGCAACGGCCCGGCCGCGGACCAGCACACCACCACGUACAUUGUGGACGUGCAGGACCUUACCUGGCCCGUCUUCCGCGGCGUCUACAAGUCCCCGCAGAAGUCCAUCGACCACAACCAGUACAUUGUCGACGGCAUCGCGUACCAGGCCAACUACGGCUCUGGUCUGCGCAUGGUCAACGUCUCCUCGGUCAACCUGGACGACACGGGCUCGCUGUUCGAGGAGGUUGCCUUUUUCGAUGUCCGUCCCGAGGAUGACUCGGUUGGCGGCGCUGCCACCUUUAACGGCGCGUGGUCCGUCUUCCCGUACUUCAACAGUGGCAACAUCCUGAUCAACUCGAUCGAGCGUGGUCUGUUCUCUGUAAAGUAUGCUUCUUAA